CUGCCAAGAGAUUAGAAACGGAUUUGUUUCGUACUGUAAACUGACAAAUAACGGUAACAUUACUUGUCCAUCUCAAGGCAUGGGGGGCUGUGGUCCUAGGAUUCUGGAGUUGAAGUCCACAUAUCCAGUUAACUGGAUAUCGGAACUGCUAACAAAAGCAGAAUCAGUAGCUGAAGUUCCUGAACCUUCUGAAGGAGCAUGCUCAUGGUCGGGAUACAAACAUGGGAGUGAAUCGGAUAACUUCCAUUGUCCCACAGUUGAGGACGUUGAAAUAGCGGACCAAAAACAUUUCCAAUGGCACCUAUAUAAAGGUGAGCCUGUAAUAGUCCCUAACGUCCUCAGGAGAACGACAGGGUUGAGCUGGGAACCAUUAGUCAUGUGGCGCGCCUCUCGCAAAAUUAAAAGCACCCGUGACAUGCGUAUUCUGGAAUUCAGCGUAACGAACUGCUUAAAUUGGUGUGAGGAAACAAUUAACAUACACCAAUUUUUCAAAGGAUACACUGAAGGCCUCUAGGACAGUGAAGGCCGACCCAAAAUAUUAAAGUUGGAGGAUUGGCCUCGAGUUGAAUCAUUUGCAGAACGACUGCCGAGGCAUUUUGGAGAGUUUGUCAAAUGCUUGCCAUUCAAGCAUUAUAUUCAUCAAGCUGGCUACCUCAACAUCCCGGCUAAAACACCAAAGAAGUCUUUGAAGCCAGACUUGGGUCCAAAGAUAUGCUUUGGUUAUGGAGUCGAUGAGCACCUUGGCUUUUGUUCCGCAACCAAGCUCCAAUAUGCUCUUUCAGAUAUGGUACAUUUUUUUUUGUUAUAUCUAUCUUUAUUAAAUUGAGUGUUAUUUUCCCAUUAGACUUCCUACUGCAUCAAUAGAAACAAAACAGUACAUCUCCGAAUGAGAUUUAGUGAUGUGUUAGCAUCUUAUGUGGAUCUUAAGGAUUGAUAUUGGCGAAUUACCACCAAAUAUAUAACAUUUUAUGUGGAUAUUAAGGAUCUU